GGCAAUAGGUACUUCAUGCAGGUUCAGCCCCUCUUCCAGAGGAGCAAAUGGGUGCAUCCCAUGCUCCUGCCUGGGAGGUUUGAGCUGAGUUUUCCUUUUCCUACUCUGCCUGAUUUGCCACAGCACUUAAUAGAAUGAAGGGUAUCAUUGAUUCCUUUUUUUGAAUUUGUAAAAAUAACUGAGAAAGGCUGUGAAUGCUGGGGCUAGAGGAAAGGAAGAUUGCGUGCAGACCUCAUAGCAAACUGGCAGUAUAUACAGGGAAGCUGGAGAGGAACUGUUCAUCAUGAUCUGUUGUGGCGGGACAAGAAAUAAUGGGUGCUAACUGAAAGAGGGGAAAUCUAGGUUAGACAUAAGGAAAAAAUUACUUCCAGCGAGGGUGCUGAGACACUGGAACAGGUUGCUCGGGAAGGCUGGGGAUACUCCAAACCUGGCAGCGUUCAAGGCCAGGCUGGAUGGGGCUCUGACCAACCCGACCUAGCGGGAGUGUCCCUGCCUGAGGCAGGUGGCUUGGGACUCAUCUUUAACAUCCUUUCCAACUUUUAACGUUCUACGACUUCACGACUUGAACUUGAAAGUCGACAGUCCUGCAAUCAGCGUGAGCACCUUAAUCGAUGUUUUGUAUCUGUGUUUAUUCACUCAUCUCCGAUUCAUUCUCUGCAAUGAACGUUCAGGGAUACGCGCAGCAGAACUCUCUAGACUCCUCCCCGUGUGUUCUGCUUCUCGGGGAGACCGCGGUCGCUCUUUGCGUGUGCCAUUUCCAGCUUUAGGGCCUAGCGGGACCCUCAGCAAACUUAACCUGAGGGCAACGGCGCUGCGCGGGCACCCGGCCUCCAGCGGCGAUACGACGGCGGAAAAGGGACAGGACAUGGCGGCCGCUAUCCCGCCCCUUCCCUUCGCUUCCCUUCCCUUCCCUUCCCCGCCGCCACACGUCCCGGAAGCGCUCCGGGAGCCGCUGCCGCCGCGCGGGCACUUCCGGGUGCCGCCGCUCCGUCGCCUCGGCCACGCCGCGUCCCGCCCGCAGCCCCGAGCCCCGCGCCCCGCGGCCCCUCCGCGCCCUCUUCACCUCCUCGCCUCUCUCCGCGCCGGACCAUGUCGCCGCGGGGCUCCCGGGGUCCGCUGCCGGUCCUGCUGCUGCUGUGGGCGCUGUCGGCCUGCGCGGCGCGGGCCUCCGAGAUCACGUUCGAGCUGCCCGACAACGCCAAGCAGUGCUUCUACGAGGAGAUCGCGCAGGGCACCAAGUGCACCCUCGAGUUCCAGGUGAUCACUGGAGGUCAUUAUGAUGUUGACUGUCGGUUGGAAGAUCCUGAUGGCAUUGUACUGUACAAAGAGAUGAAGAAACAGUAUGAUAGCUUCACAUUUACUGCAUCCAGAAAUGGAACAUACAAGUUCUGCUUCAGCAAUGAGUUCUCUACUUUCACACACAAAACUGUGUACUUCGAUUUCCAGGUUGGAGAGGAUCCACCUCUGUUUCCUAGUGAGAACAGAGUAACUGCACUUACCCAGAUGGAGUCUGCGUGCGUUUCAAUUCACGAAGCUUUGAAGUCUGUCAUCGAUUAUCAGACUCACUUCCGCCUGAGGGAAGCGCAGGGCCGCAGCAGAGCAGAGGAUUUAAACACAAGAGUGGCUUACUGGUCAAUAGGGGAAGCAAUCAUUCUGCUUGUUGUUAGUGUCGGGCAGGUAUUCCUCCUGAAAAGCUUCUUCUCGGAUAAAAGAACCACAACAACGCGCGUCGGGUCUUAACCAGUAGCAGCAAUUCUUCAGGUGUGUUACUCAUUAAGAUUAGCGGUUCUCCAAUUAACUGUAGGUACAGAGGUCUGAAUAUAUGCAACAUUCAAAUGUGUAUACUCCUUAUCUCUUAAAAACCACAAAAUAGACCCAAAGGUUAUGAAAGGGACACAUAAUUUGAAAUAUUUUUAAGGAUCCUUUGGAACUUAAGUGUUUCAAUUCCUAUAUUAAAAUAUCUGGCAGUGUGUAGUCUCUCUUUAUUUUUACUGAUACUAAUCCAAACCAAGUUUGAUUUUUACCAGUACAAUUAGUCAACUGCAGUAUAACACUUUAAAAUAACCCAACAGUCUAAUGUCAGAUAUGAGAGAUGAUAUAUAUGAAAAUGCCGUUUCAUUUUCAGGGUGAAUAUCUUGGAUUAUAGAAAAGAAAAUGUGAUUAACUGUAGUGAACUGUUCUGAUUUGCUGUUUUAAAACAAAAUUGCAAAAAUCUACAAAUUUACAAAUAUUUGUAAAAUCAUUAAAAACUUGGCACUACAUUGUGGUGCACCAUCUUUAUCAGCCUGGAAAGUCUUCAUCUUCAGAAUUUGCUGAAUUUUAUACUUCAUUCUGAUUGCUUAAACAUACAUUCUUCUGUACUAAAAUAAAUACAUUUUCUCUUUUGCAACUUUUGUUUUACUAAGAAAGUGUAAGCUGAGGCUACUCAGGAAAUCCACUUCUGCAUACAAAAAAAAUCCAAAUUUCCAAGUUUAUGUAAAAAACAUGCAGUAGAAUAGGGAGUCUUCUAACUUUGUCAUUGAACCUGUGCAGUACUCAUAUAUGCUGCUGCUGCCUUUUGGAUUUAAGUCCAGAAGUAGCACAGCACCAGCACUGGAUGAGGUUAUAUUAUGUGUUAGGCGCGUACAAAGCUUUUUACUAAAUUUUUUCCUAGUAAGAGGGCAAUUUGAUAUUGAUACUACAUUGCACAAGUGCUGUAAAUAUUCCUCUGUGUGGUGCACUGAGGCAUGACAGCCUUGUGCAUCUAAUUGCCACUCUGUUUUGUUAGUGGUCAGGAAAUGUUUUAAGUAUUUCAGGUUAUCUUUUUGGUAGAGUUAUUAGAGUUACAUUGUUUUCAUUGCUCAUGUCUUCAGUAGAAUAUGUACUGUAAAAUUCUAUUUUAUUUGGUUGUGGAAAGUAGCAAAUGUAUGUACAUGCCCAUUGCUUGAAUUGAGCUGGUCAUAGUAAGGCUAAACUCCUUCAAAUGACUUUGGAAAAAAAGCAGGCUGACCAAUUCUUAAAUGCACACAAAAUAAAUUAAAGUGAAAAAUUUCUCAUGUAUUACUAGCUAAAUCAAAAGAUGCUUUUUGUAUAAGUUCUUGGCAAGCAGAGAAAGAGUACUACAUCCUUAUUAACUGCCUGUAGUAUUUCUAGCAAAAAUUUGAAAUUACAUGUUCAGGUGACACUUGAGCAGUCUGAAGAAUUUAUCUAAGAUGACUUGAUUUUAAGAUCAUGUCAUGGUUGAAAAAAAUAAAAGUGCCCCUAUUCUGGUGUCAACUGACUUCUCUUUUGGAAACUGAAGGAAAACAUCAGACAGCUCAAAGAUUAUUUAGAAAGUCAUGGAGGGAUUAAAAAUCUUCAAGUAAAAUUCAGGAUGUAGAGUUUUGCUGUCCUGUACUGAAUUUUGAAUACUGCAGUCCUGUUUUGGGAUGCAGGUUCCCCAGAAACAGUUAGACCACUAAUACGAGAAAACAAAAGUCUGCUUUUGUCUUGCAAUACAAAUCUGUGCCUGCACACAAUAUUCUUGAUUGUACCUCUAUGCUUUCUUGUGUUCAGCAGGGGAUGUCUAGUACUUCUUGUGCUGCAUUGCACACAAUAAUGAAGCAAGUGGUACACUUUGGGUGCAAGUAUCAAAUGAAAACAUGAUUUGCUUUUGCUAGUAUUCAUUAUUUCUGGAGUUUGAAUAUUAGUUAUGUAGCUUUAAUCACAACAAAGGCAUUUGUUUGAAGGCUUGAAUUGUGUUGGGGUUUUUUUUUUCCACUGAGUUUUUCUGUGUGCUGGCAAAAUUGGUAAAUAGUGCUAUGAAACUGAUGAUGAUCAGCUAUCGCAUAUAUGUCUCUUUACUCUUUCAUAAUGUUUGAAUGUGUGAAGUGGACUGUUCCAUUCAAUGUUACUCCCACAGCAGAGGUUUAGUGGACUUGACUUUUCCAUUAAAGUUGGGUGUCUGAACCAGUGCUCUGGCAUCCUGCUGCAUGAUAUGCAGCAACAGCUUAAAAAUGCCUUUAUUUUUGUGUUGUUAAAAACAUGGCACAAACACACGUUUAAACGUAGCUGUAUAUAGUUUUUAACUGACUGAAUAGGAUAUUAUAAAACACACAUGCUAACACGCAGUGGGUAAAGAAGUGCAUUGUGACCUUUGGUUAAAGCCACACCUUUUUAAAGUCUGAACAGUUUGGUUAAUGGUGUGACACGCAAGAAAACACGCUGCGUUAAAGGGGAUAUAACUGUGUUUUUAAUUGCUAAAUGCUCUGGUUUUCAGCUAUGCGUUGGAUGUUUUAUGUUUACAAGACUUUUUUUGGUGUCCUGAAAUGUCGGUUCUUUAGUUUGAGGGCAUGGGGGGGGAAAUUUAGUUUCAAUAAGACAAAAAGCAGACCCUGUGAAUAUUGUAUGGGAAAAUAAAAAAUUAAUAUAUGAA